GCUUCCAAAUCAUGCCAAUCUCUCUGCGAUUGCGUAUUGAAUCAUAAUCCAAACGCAGCGAAUAUUCUCCUCUCUCUCUCUCUUUCCCUCUCCGAGGAAGGAGUAACCCUAAAGAAAAGAAGAUAAUUGGGUGGUGAUGAAGUUGUGAAAUUGAUUGAUUCAAUUUGUUUUCCUUCUCUCUCUCUCUCUCUCCUUUCCUCUGGGUGUGUUUGUUUCCCGAGAAAACACCGGACGGGAAAAGGGGUUAUUUAGUUUCAAGGGAACGGGAAAUCGGGGAGAAAUGGAGAAGAGAGAGGAGAUGAAUGUGGCCGGGAAAGCGGGCAAGUUUCCAUUGAGCUAUUGGGAGGUGGGUGUGGUUAGCACCGUGGUGAUUGGCUUCCUUUUCGGAAUUCUCUGUGUUUACCUAACCAUGCCCGAUUCCGAUUACAGCUUCCUCAAGCUUCCCCGUAACCUUCAAGAUCUUCAAAUCCUCAGAGAUCACCUUGAGGAAUAUACAAGCGACUACACUGCACAGGUCCUGGUGGGAUACUGCGUCGUCUACAUCUUUAUGCAGACCUUCAUGAUUCCAGGAACUGUUUUCAUGUCACUACUUGCCGGAGCUCUCUUCGGAGUCUUCAAGGGAGUUGCUCUCGUCGUGUUCACUGCUACAGCCGGAGCUUCCUCUUGCUAUUUCCUGUCGAAGAUGAUCGGGAAACCCCUCGUCUUUACUCUGUGGCCUGACAAGGUGAAGUUCUUUCAAGAUCAGGUUUCUAGGAGAAGGGAAAGGCUGUUGAACUACAUGCUUUUUCUAAGAUUGACUCCGACCUUGCCGAACACAUUCAUCAAUGUUGCUUCUCCAAUUGUCGACGUGCCUUACCAUAUCUUCUUCCUCGGAACUGUUGUUGGUCUGAUUCCAGCUGCAUACGUUACUGUCAGGGCCGGAUUGGCGCUUGGAGAAUUGCAGUCGGUCGGCGAUCUUUACGACUUCAACUCAAUUGCCACACUGUUUCUGAUUGGAAUUGUAUCAGUUACCCCAACUUUUGUUGGCAAGGGAAAAUCAUAGCACAUUCCAUGGCCAGAUUCUUGAGCUUGGAUAUUCGAUUUCGUGGGAGCCGAAGUGGCAGCCCCAUAUUCCCUGUACAGCACAGAGUAAUCCUGUGAGGAGCCAUUGAAGGUGAUUGUUUGCUGUUGGAUAUAUGUGGAAGAGUGUGGUCUGAUGGAGGGCUGGAGAAGAAAAAGAGGGAGAAGAAGAAGAGGGGUCAGAGUUAGAGGUGAUGUGAUUGUUAAUUUCGAUUUGAUCGUCAGUAAUUGUUGAGUCUGUUAAUGGAUAUUGUUGUAUUUGAUUGACCAGAAAAUCAUGAAAUGGAAGAAAGAUGGUAUUCAUUUGUGGAUACUGUAUAUUCUGGAUAUUUCAAUGCACAUUUUUGCUCAUACCAGUUUACAGUACUGUUUUCCAA